AUGGACGACGCCCUGGAAAUUCGCUUAGAACCUUCUUUGGAUAUAGACGACGCGUUCUCGGAUACGGAAGACCAGGACUUCGAAUUUCAAUUUUCUCCAGAUUCCAUUCGGAAUGAUUUGGCCAGGAAUGCGCAGUCCUGGGGAGUCGAAAAUGAGGACGAUGAGAAGCCCCGGAAUGGCUUCUUCGAAUCUACAAUGGAAUCUUUCUCAACCCUGACAAUCGACAGCGACGAGCGCUCUAAUGAGGAUAAUGCAAGCUCGUCACGAUUCGUCUCGAUACCGUUGUCCAACCCACAUGAUGGCUUUCCGGUCAACUCUGAACCACAUGAAGAACAUCCUCCAGAUGCUACAGAAACAGGAACGCCAUAUCCUUCUGUAUUCAUCGACUUAUCCUCGCACAAGGUCACAGUAUCCGUAGAUAACACGCAGACUAGUGCCCCCCUGCCUUCAGCGUCAAUACAGAGUCACUCCCGCUCAACUUCUACUGCCGAAUCUGAUCAUUCUGGCCAUUCAACAAAGUCCUUGCCUACCCCUGAACUAUCUAGUGUAACACCAACACAUCCCAACUUUGCAGCAUCCACAUCCACCUCCGUGCUUCCAGCAUCUACAAUACCAGCCAUGACAACAGCUUCAGUAUCCGAUACUCCAACUUCAACUCUAAAACCAUCACCUCCCACUCACCGACUUACUCGCUCAGUAGGUCCUAGUGCCCUGGAGAAGUUUGUGAGCAAAACGAGACCUUCAUUUCUACCGCCCAAAACUCGACAAGAAGACGACAAGCAUAUGGCAGAUUGGGAAGCGAUGAUGAAACAAAGUCGUGCUGCAGCGGAAAAACGAAGAAAGGCAUUGCAGGAGCGCCGGUUAGCUCGGGAGAAGAAAAUCGACGAGUCAUUACAUCUCUGGGAGAAAGAAAUUGUUCCGGAUUGGAGGGUGGUGCAUAAGAAUACUAAACUCCGGAAACUUUGGUGGAAGGGUAUACCUACAAAACUACGGGCGAGUAUGUGGGAACGCGCAGUCGGUAAUCCCCUUGCUUUAAGUAAAGACAAUUUCCGCUCAUGUAGCUCCCGCGCCAAACGUGCUCUGAACUCUGGAGCUUUUUCCACUGCGACGCUUUCCAAAAUCGAAGCCGACAUCGCAUCUACUCUUCCAUCAUUACACAUAUUUCAUCGCGAAACUGGGCCUUUAUAUCCGGACCUUAAGGACAUGCUCUGUGCUUGGGUUGUCGCCAGGGCAGACGAAGGCUUGGGGUACACGUUUGGUGCUGCCAAGGUCGCGGCGAUGUUCUUGAUCAACAUGCCCAUACAACAAGCUUUUAUUGUCAUGCGGAACUUACUUGAACGACAUUGCCUCAGGAGCUUUUUUGGUGGGAGUGGAGCCAAGGAAGAUGUUGAAGCUUAUUACAGAAUCUUUGAAACUCUGUUAGCAGAUGGAAUGCCGAAAAUUUACUUCAACUUCAAGCAACAUCAGGUAUCUCCAGCAUCGUACCUUUUGGAUUGGAUCGUGCCGCUUUUCCUCGAUCAUCUACCAUUCGAAGCUUGCGCUCGAAUAUGGGACGUACUUAUCCUAGAAGGUGAUUCGUUUUUGUACCGAGCAGCCCUUGGUAUCUUGGGCGUACUCGAGCCAAGACUUUUCUUUCCGGAUAGACAGGAAUUACUUCAACUGCUAAAGGGGGAAAAUAAAGCGGCUAUUGACGUCGCAACUCGAGAGGGCCGACCGUUAGACGGUGGGAAAUACGAGAUAUAUGGGCUUGAUGAGGAGACUCUGUGGGAACGGAUUGAUUCGAUGGACGAGUGGUGGAAGGAGAGUACUUGGAACAGGUUAACGCGGAGGGAAUUGCCCGAUCUGUGA